UUCAAGUUGCCAUAUCACGGUAACCUGACGGUAACGCCAAGAGCUGCUCUUCUGUUAGCUAUCACCAACAAAGCGAAACACCAAUGGAUCUCGUGUAACGUAGUUAUAGCGGUAUUAGUUAUUCCCUCGGUACCCGCUGGGUAUAUACAGUGUUUUGCAGUGUUCACAGUAUUGUUGCAAGGCUACAUUAGUUGGCUAACGUUGGGUUAGCUAGCUAACGUUCAUAGUAGUUGGUUUACCACUUGUUGCUAGCCAGCUGGAGCAUCCCCAUCAACAGUACCCAGCAACAUGUUUGGGAGGACGGUUUGAAUUGAAGCGCUUUGCUGGUCAGAUAGCUUUCUGUCUCCACGGGUUGCUAAGGCAACGAUGACAAAGCGCCCAUUUCCGCUAGCUAUGACCAAUAUAUCGAUUGUUAAAAAAGUUCAAAACCAGCCCAGUUUGUUCAUUAAUCUGAUUAACGUUGCAGUCAACAGCUAGCGUUUUGUGCAGACGAAGCCAGGUCAAUAAUCGUCCGAUUUACCUAGUCAGCCGUUUUUCGUCGGCUCCACCGUAAACCUGCUCUGUGCCAAACUAUGGAUACGUCCAGUGAGUCCGAUUCAUACGACAGGACCCUAACCCGGGGGCACAGGCCUCGGGGGCGUGAAGCCCACCGCAUACCUGGCCGGGACAGGGGCAGAGCCAGCGGGCGUGGAGGUGAGGGUCGACCCGCAGACAUCUCCGAGAAGAUCAGCACACUGGCGACCACUUUACAGGACACCAGUAGGAACUUAACCAAAGUAGACCGGAUGCUGGGCCACUACCGGGAGCAUACAGAUGACCAGGCUGAAGCCAUGGCACUGCUAAGGGAGAACCUUGAAGAGUCCAUCAGUCAGCUUCAGACACAGAGGGUGAGCAGACCCAAUGGGGCUUCAGCUUCAGCCUCCACCCUGCAUACCAGUGACCUGGAGGCUUGCUCAGGAUCAGAUGGCCAGCGUUUCUACCCUACUUCUCCACUGAAGGACUAUACAGGCACUCCAGGAAGGAGCCGGAGGUCUCAGUCUGCCAGUGUUCGUUUUAAAGACGCCAGCCUGUCAGCAGACAAUAUUCACACUCUGCACCAGUCCCUGAGGGAUCUGCGUUGUGACCAGCACAGACUGUCUGAUGACCUGGACAGAGAAAUCCUCAGGAGGAAUAGGUCUGAUAUUGACACCAGGCGAGCGAUGGAGAACCUCACAGACAACACGACAACUUCCCAGAGACAGUCCUCAAUGCCCCCCUCUCACUGUCUGCAGGCAUCUUCUCGCGUGGAGCGGUGUCUGCAGGAGCUGGAGAGAGAGAUGCAUCCUGAGCAAAGUGGCGUGGAGAGAGAGAGAAGGCCUGACCAGUGGGCGGCCAUGUCUGACAAACUGCAGGAGACUUCAGGGAGACGCCAAGUUCAAGCCCAGGAGAGAGAGGAGGCAGUUCCAGCCAGGCUACUGAGAGCAGGCCGGGAGAAACCCAAGAUGGAGCAGGAACUGGAGGGAGCUAGAAGACUACUUGAACAGUCUGAGGAUAGCAGAGAGGCCCUUGUUCAACAGGUGGAGGACAUGCGCGGCGAGCUGCUGAGGAUGAGGAAGGAGAAGACUGAGCUUCAGCUGAAGACUUCUCAGCCCAUUGCUCAGCCACAUGGCAACCACACCUUCAGGGAGGAGGGGAGUGGUGGGCAGAGAGGCGCAGAUCGUUUGAACCUGGAGAAAGAAGUGGCGGAGCUGCGAGCCCAGCUGCACACGGUCUCGGUCGUCAGCGAGGUGGAAGAACUGAAAAGGACUCUGGACCGAAAGGAGAAGGAGAGAGUCCAACUCAGCUUACAGGUGGAGGACUUGUCAUCAGACCUGGCACGGCGGGAGGAGCAGCAGCUACGAAUGCUGGAACAGUUGAGGGAGAUGCAGAGCCGAGGGCAGGCAGAGAGGAGGGAGACGGAGGCCUUGCUCCAGGAGAGCACGAGGAGCAGAGAUGAACUGAAGACCAGGGCCCAGGAGGCUGUGCGUCAGUGGAGGGCAAAGUGCAGGAGACUACAGAAGGAGCUGGAGGAGGCGAGUGCCCAGGCUCAAGGCCACACUGACAAGACCUCACAGGCAGCCAGGGAAAAGGAGAGCUCCCAGGCCCAGUUGAAGGCGCUGAGCCAGCAGACUGAGGCGGCCCGCAGGGAGCUCGCUGAAAUCCUAGGGCGAUUGGCCCAGCGCGAAGAAGAGCUCCACCGCAAGGACGUGGAGCUGUCCGAGACUCGUCAGCGCCAGUUAUCACUGGAGCAAGAAAUGCGGGAGGUGAGGGAGGCCUCCGCUGCCCUGGAGGAGGAGGCUCAACGUCUGGCUGCUGCCCAGACAAGACUGAGGGAAGAGAACCAGAGGCUGGAGCAGAGGGCUGACACCCAAGCCCGUCGGUGCCAGAUGGACCAGGACACACAGGCCGAGCUCCAGGCCGCCUUAAAGCAGAUGACCUCAGCCCAUGCUCAGCUAAUCCAGAGGUUAGCUGAGGAGGAGAGCUCCAAGCAGAACCUCCAGAAGAGCUCCCUGGAGGUACGGGCCAAGCUGACAGCAGUGCAGGAGGAGCGGGCCGCACUGGGGCAGCAGCUGCAGCUGGAGAGAGAGGUGCAUCAGACAGAACUGGACAACAUGAAGGCAAUGAUGGAGGACAGCAGGACAAAGAAGUAUCAUGAUGUGCAGGACAUGCUCAAGCUCUGCCACCAGGAGAGGGAUGCAAUAAAGGCACACAUGAAGGAGGUUAAGGCAGACGCAGCCUCAGACAAGGAGCUGUGUGGGGCGCUGCGCAUCAAGUUGGACAGGAUGAAGGAUGAGUGUGAUAAGCUGGCAGCACAGCUGAGCACAAAAGACCAGGCACACACACUUCUCCACAGAAAGUACCAGCUACUCAAACAGGAACUGGAUGACAAAGUCAGGUCGGGUGAGAGGAGACGCGCUUCAGAGUCCGGGCUCGUUAAGCUGGAGGAGAAGGUGUUUCGGAUGGAAGCAGAGCGAGAGGCAGUCCUCACCUCCAUGGGUGAGGAACUAGAUACAGCCUGUCGCAGCCUGGCUAAGAACGGUGAAGACAAGCUACAGGCGAUCUCCCAGAAACCUGGAUUAGUGAAAGACCCCCACCGCUGGCUAGCUGAGACAAAGACCAAGAUCCGCUGGCUGUGUGAGGAGGUGCGGGAGGGCACCGCAAGAGAGCAGUGCUUAAGGAAGCAGCAACAACAGACCAGGGAUCAGUUGAAGGCCCUCAGGCAGAGCCGGGACUCAGAGCAGAUGGCUCUCCUGCAGCGCCUGGACCAACAGGAGAAGCUGCUGCACUCCCUCGGCUCUGAAAAGAGAGAGCUGUUGGAGAGAAGUCGCAGGAAAGAGGAGGAAAUGAGGAGCCUUCAGGACCGUGUAUUGGAUCUGGAGAUGAACACCAGAGUAGCCCUGGACCACUUGGACUCAAUUCCAGAGAAACAAUGUCUGAUGGAGAACUUCAAAGAUUUGGAGGAGUCACAGCAGCAGAGAGAGAUGGUAGAGCAGCGCUACACCAAAUACAAAGAGAUCGUCUGGGACCUACAGCACCAGCUGGACGAGUCCAAACGCAGAAUCCAGGAGUACAGAGACGAGAAGCUGGACUCCACUUCCAGGAGCCUGAGACUGGCCGCUGUUUCUUCCUCCGUCAGAGAGCCCAGCAUGUUCCUGAGCAGCUCGCUGAGAUCUGACACACUAUCUCCUCACAAACGACUGACCAGUUCAGACUUGGAUGACUCCCCAGUCUACGGGGCCAGACCCCUCACAGAUUAGCUCCACUCCAGUGAGCCUUCAUCCAUCUUUGAUUCUACCUGCUGCUCAUGCAGAACAAAGAAACAACUUGACUGUACUAGGAAGCUUUGCACUCAACACUAAUCCUCCUCUACCUCAACCGGGCAAUCACUGAAGGUGCUCAAAAGCAGAGGAGUAAGACAGGUUUCACCUCCACCUUUCUGGACUUUGUGGAGUUUGGACACUGUAAAGGAGAAAAUACUGUAAAGUGUUUAGAUGUUAUUUAAGAACCUGAAUUGAAUGUAUUUAAUGGAUUUGAAAAAAUAUUUAUACCAAAAUAGUUUUACGGUUUUAUUUGUUAACAGCUGUUUAAAAUAUUGUUUAGUGUAUUAUUAUCAUGCCAAUGCCAAGUUUGUGCUAAAAUGUUUACUCCACUCAAACAACACUGGUGCCUUUCAAAACAUGUACUUUUGUUUUUUACUGACAUCAUGAAAAUGAAUAUCUGUUUUUACAUCUCUUUUAAUGUAUUCACCGAUUUGCGUUAUGGCUUUAUAUUUUUUGUUUCAUGCAGUUUGUAAAAAAAGACUCAAUAAGCACAAAUAGAAGUCUAUCCUUUUAAUGUGAAGGAAGUAUAUGCACUGUGAGUGAAUCCCCAUGCGGCCAAAUGUCUGGUUCUAUAAGCAGCGCACACUUGAUGUCUCCUUCAUUCCAGAGCUAAGUGUUUGCUUUGCAGCAGCUGAGAUUCCAGCUUCUCCCACUGGCACAUCUUCUGCUGUUUGCUAAAAUCCUUCAUCGGAGGGAACAACCAAAAGCCACAUGAGAGAGGAGCGUCUUCUCUUAAGGCGCUGCUCCACUUCAAAGACGUAAACGCAUGCAGUAACUGCUGUGUAAACACUUCUCAGUUAAAUCAUCUCGUUGGAGCCGUAUGUUCCGAGACUUCGUGCAGUACUUUGGAAAGGUGUGUCGUUAAAAUGGCAAAUAAAAGUCAUUUGAUUGUUGAUGGCCACACAAGUUUGUCUUCUGUACAGUAUGUUACUCUGUAGCACAAAUAUAUAAAUGGACAGCAUUGUGGUAAUGCAUGUCAGUGUGAUGUGAGGAGGGAGGAGUCCUGAUGGCUAACGGAUUAAAGCUGCUUGUGAAGCCAUGCAAGGUGCUACCUGCCCAUCAGCACUAUCUAACAUUCACACACUGCAGGCACAGCCUG